CAGCCGGAGACGCCGGGCUGGGCGGAUGAAGCUGGAGCGUAGCUGUGUCUAGGGCAGGCGAGAGCCCCGAAGCCACCUGCGGAAAAAGAUGCCUGCCUUCAACCGAUCGUGUGUCCUGGCUUCCCUCUUGCUCAUCUACGGGGUCAGCGUCUGCUUCCCCGUGUGUGUGGAAGUGCCCUCGGAGACGGAGGCUGUCCAGGGCACCCCCAUGAAGCUGCGCUGCAUCUCCUGCAUGAAGAGGGAGGAGGUGGAGGCCACCACGGUGGUGGAAUGGUUCUACAGGCCCGAGGGCGGCAAAGACUUCCUUAUCUACGAGUACCGAAAUGGCCACCAGGAGGUAGAGAGCCCCUUCCAGGGACGUCUGCAGUGGAACGGGAGCAAGGACCUGCAGGAUGUGUCCAUCACCGUGCUCAAUGUCACUCUGAAUGACUCCGGCCUCUACACCUGUAACGUGUCCCGAGAGUUUGAGUUUGAGGCGCACCGGCCCUUCGUGAAGACGACGCGGCUGAUUCCCCUCCGAGUCACCGAGGAGGCUGGAGAGGACUUCACCUCCGUGGUCUCAGAGAUCAUGAUGUACAUCCUUCUGGUCUUCCUCACCCUGUGGCUGCUCAUAGAGAUGGUUUAUUGCUACAGAAAGGUUUCAAAGGCCGAAGAGGCAGCACAAGAAAACGCGUCUGACUACCUUGCCAUCCCUUCAGAGAACAAGGAGAACUCUGCGGUCCCAGUGGAGGAAUAGAACAGAAGCGGUACGACAGAGGUGGCCUGAACACUGAGGGACUGAAUAGCCCAGGUUCAGUGAUGGCAACAGCAUCAUGAGGGUACCCCAAGGGUCCCAUCACUUCUCUUCCUGCAUCCAUCUUUCUCUUCAUUUGCCCACACAUCCACCCACCUGUGAGCUUUCACCUCUGACAUGAAACCAUCAUAACUCCAUCAGAUCUCUACGCAUCCUGAGAUUUGGCCAGAACUGAGGAGCCAACAUUUCUACACAGACUCAACCUCUCCCUGUCCUAGCUUUCAAGCAAGCAACUCCUGUGCCAGCUGGAUUUCUCCCCCUGAGCUUCCAAUGACUUUGUGCAAGUGCUAGAGGUAGUACUUGCCUCUUCCCCUAACUGGCUGGAACUGACUCGUUCUCCAUUGCUGCAAGAGAAUGGAUGUCUACGUGGAAGGAAGCAGGACUGAUUAGUUUGGAUUAAAGCAAACACAUGUCAUAAACUUGGAUUUCUUGAAGUCAGUGUUUCCAAGUUCAUGGCCCUCUGGGCUAGAGCACCAGAAAGAAGCAUCUCUCUCUUUAGGUUCCCUAGAUCCUUAUGCAUGGACUCAAAUGCUCUCUGGAGCUUAGUUUUCCAGGGCUAGAGCCUGACAGGUCUCUGAGGCCUGGGUUGGACUCAGUCCUUUCAAGGAGCCAAAGACAGGAGUCUGGGGAGGG